AUGACUGCUCCAAACUAAGUUUUCCACAACAAAUUCUCCUUUUUCUUUCUCUCUACUAUAAACUGAAAUUAUAACCUGCAAAAGAGGCUAAAUUAAGGGACGGAAACCCUAAUUUCACAAUGGCGAGACCUAAUCAAGAAGCAAUCGAGACUUUCAUCAGCAUCACUGGGGCAUCCGAAGCUGUUGCCAUUUCGGAACUUGAGCAAUCAUCAUAGGUUUUCUGAAGACAAUUGCUUGAGAUUGUUGGAAAAUGCUGCUUGUUAUCAAAUUAACUUCUUGUUGAGUUGCAAAAUCUUAGAGAGUAUGCUGGCAAUCUCAAUACAGCUGUAAAUGAACAUUUCAGCGAAGGAGAUAGUCUUAUGUUUCCUGCAAAAGGCCAACAUCAACCACAGUUCAUGUAGAUGACGCCAUGGAUAUAGAUAAUCAAGUUGAAGUUGUACCAAAUGAUCCAUUGGUUACACAUCCAAGGGAGGUGAGAGAGGCACUGAUAGAGGUUAAAAAUAGCAAUGAGCUAUCUGGUCCUUCUAGUAAUGCUCCUGCCAGUGAGGAUGUCUCACAAACCGUACAAGCUCAUGGCCCUAAUUCCCAUGAGACUGUUAUAAUUAAUGAAGUGGUUGAGGAUUCAACUGUGCAGCCAUUGAGGCCUAGUGCUCCUGCUUUUGACAAUUUGCCAGACUAUGGCAAUGACAUUGAAGAACAAAUGAUUCGAGCUGCCAUUGAGGCCUCCAAACAGGAUGUCGAGGAGUCCAGUGAUCCUGGGCCUUGGCAUAAUAUGUCUCAUUCAGAGGAUGCUAUACUUGAAGCAGCAGUUUCAAAUUCCUUGAAGACAGCAGAGCAAGAGAAGGCAUUGCUUGAGCAGGGUUCCUCAGCUGGAGCAUCAGAAGUAGAAGCUUCUAAACCAGCUGAGCAGCAUCUUGUAAACAUGACAGCCUCAAGUGGGAGGUUAAUGGAAGGAAGCUUUUCCAUUCAAGAUGAAGCUGAAAAUAGGAUUGAGCAGCGUCUAGUUAGGCACGGGUCUAGACAAAUAUCAUCUGGCUCAGGGGAAUCUGCAAACGAAGUUGGAGUUGAGGCCAGCCCCCCAUCAAGUCCUGGACAACAAGGCAUUGGGAGUCUCCCUUUGAGCAGUGGAAAUGCGUUCCCUUCUGAUGAGUGGGGAGGUAUCUCUUCCGUGGAACAUGAUGAGGCAGUCAUGCUUGAGGCUGCAAUGUUUGGUGGAAUACCUGAAAAUGGAUAUCGUUUUCCCUAUGCACCUCACCAGUUCAUUCGACCCGAGGGCUCCAAUCCCUGGCAUACCCCUCGUCCUCCAUCACCCACUUUGGCUUCUCAACGCCUGAUACGGGAACAGCAAGAUGAUGAGUAUAAUGCAGCAUUGCAAGCUGAUAGAGAAAAGGAGUUGAAGGCAAUUCAAGAAGCUGAGGCUUGCCGUUUAGAGGAGGAAGCCGCUAGAAAAGCUGCCCUUGAAGAAGAACAAAGAAAACAGGAAUGUGAGAGGCAAUUAGCUGCUAAAGAAGCUUCUUUGCCACGGGAGCCAUCAUCCAAUGAGGAAAAUGCUGUAAAUCUUCUAGUGCGAAUGCCUGAUGGCAGUCGUAGGGGCCGUUUAUUUCUUAAGUCUGACAGGCUGCAGUCUCUGUAUGACUUCAUAGAUAUUGGAAGAGGAGUCAAGCCUGGCACUUAUCGACUGGUGAGACCGUACCCGAGACGUGCUUUCGGCGAAGAGGAGAGCAGUUUGACACUGAAUGAACUCGGCUUAACAAACAAACAAGAAGCCCUAUUUCUGGAGUUGAUCUAAUAACAUCUUUAACUAUUUAUAUGAAUCUUAUAGAAAAACAACUAGGCAGGUUUAGUUUCAUUGAAAUUAUGGAGAUUUCUU